UUAAGUCACGAUUCUUCCUCGCAAUGGCCGGAACUACAAUAGUUUUCGACUUCGACAAGACCAUUAUCGACGUGGACAGCGACAAUUGGGUCGUCGACGAGCUUGGCGCCACCGACUUGUUCAACGAGCUCCUCCCCACCAUGCCGUGGAAUUCUCUCAUGGAUAGAAUGAUGAAUGAGCUACAUGCACAAGGGAAAACCAUUGAAGAUGUGAAGGAAGUUUUGAGAAGGGUUCCUAUACAUCCAAGAAUUGUGCCUACAAUCAAAACAUUACAUGCUUUAGGGUGUGAUUUGAGAAUAUUGAGUGAUGCAAACCUAUUUUUCAUCGAGACGAUUAUUGAUCAUCUUGGAAUAAAGGAUUGCUUCUCCGAAAUCAACACGAAUCCAAGCUAUGUCGACGAAGAAGGGAAGCUUAGAAUCUCUCCUUUUGUUGAUUUUGAGUCAUCACCUCAUGGCUGCACUCUUUGCCCUCCAAACAUGUGCAAGGGCAUGAUCAUAGAUAGAAUUCAAGCCAGUUUAGCUAAGGAAGGAAGGCAAAGGAUCAUAUACCUUGGAGAUGGGAUUGGUGACUUUUGCCCGAGUUUGAAGCUGCGAGACGAAGAUUUCAUGAUGCCGAGGAAAGACUUCCCCGUCUGGGGGCUAAUAUGCGGAAAUCGUGCGCUUUUGAGAGCAGAAAUCCUCGAAUGGAUCGAUGGCGAGGACAUGGAGAAAAUUGUGAUGAAGCUUAUAGAGAAGAUCAAGAUUCAAGAUUCAGUUCAAUUGCUACCAGUUGAUUUCAAGAUUGAGGCAAUGCCAAUUGCCUUACCUCAAUCAGUCAAAGUUCAGCAAUAGUACUUAUUUUUUUUAAAAUCUAUAAUUUGGGUUGAAUAAGAAUAUGUGGAGUUUUUAGCCACUAUUUGGUUUAUGCAUUCUUAUUAUGAUUGUGAAGGAAAAGGUUAGUUAGAUUUUGGUGUGUUUUGUGAAGAAAAAAGAGCAUAUGUUAUGUUGCUCAUCAUAUUUGACUCUGUUUGUGUGAUAUGAUCAAACUUCAAAGUGAUGUAAAAUAUUUGAGGUUUUUAAAAAACAAGAAAAAAUUUCAUUUAGUAGUAUUAACCAUUUAAUCUUUUGGAUUUGGAUAGAAAGGUAAAAUGCCAAUGCUUGUAAUUAUAUCAAAUACUAUAAGUUGAAGAUAAAAUGUUCAUAAUAUGAAAUGGGAUUUAAUUAAAGGUUAUAAAGUUGGACUGCUGCUUAGACCAACAAAUAAUGUUGGAUGAGUUAAAACACUAUCAUCUACUCAUAAAGAAACAUCACUAAUAAAGCCUGCAUAUAUUUUUGAGGUCUUCAUCCUUCAACUUAUUACCACUCAAUUCCAACCGUCUGACGUGAAUCAACUUUUCCAUUCCUUGCAGAAGAGGAUCAUGGAAACUCCUUUUCAAUCCGAACACCCUAACACUUGAUAUGCAAUCACAAAGACCAACAUGUCUUCUGUUGUCCAAAAAUAAGCUACAAUACUCUUUAGCUUGAGAAACUAAAAGAGGAUCACAAACUUGACAACUUUCCUUUCUCAUUUUAGCAACCCCAUCUUUGUUGUCAUUCUUCCUAAGAAAUACAGCAAAAGCAUGUACUAUAUCAUGCAUUUUACACCAUUCUAUCUGCUCCCCCGACUCACUUUUCUCAAUGUCUUGAAACAAACUACGCAUUGCUAAAUUUCUCAAGUUCUCUCGCCCUUUGAGUUCCACUGCACCAUUUCCACUAUCCGAGCCUAGAUAACCUUGCGCCAUCCACUCUUCUAUUAGUCUAUCUGCUUGAAUUUUGUGAUCUUUAGGAUAGAUGGCACAAUAUGAAAAGCAAUGCUUAAAGGUGGGGACAAAUCAUUGUAGCUUAGAACUAAAUGAGGAAAAAGAUCUACUUCCACAUUUUCCAAUUGCCAUAUUUUACUCUUCUCUACAUCUUCCCACUCUUGCAAAUUAUAUUUGAAUUGCAAAAGUCCUCCCAAAACAUUUGCAGCAAGAGGCAAGCCACUACACUUAGUAGCUAUUUUCUUGCCAACAACCUCAAAUUCUUCCCACUGCACCUUUCCUAAGAUUGAUUUUCAGGGGCUCCCACUCAUCGUAUUUCUCUGUCCAAACGUCAUCAAGAACAAGAAGAAACUUCUUUCCUGAAAUACACUCUCCGAGUUUUUGUAGUACCAAUUCCAAUUAGGUUGCCUAAAGAAAUAAUUCCUUCUGGCACACUCCCAAUAAUUCCUUUUAGCAAUUGCAGCCAAAUCAAACGGAUCAGAAACACAAAUCCAUAUUCUUAAUUCAAAA